GGUACAUGUAGGCCUCCUCAAAUACUCUUUUCAAGAAACGACAAGAGAAAAAACAUUCUUUUCAGGUCGGGGAUAAUUUAAAGUUUUACGUAUCGAGUUGAGAUAUGGAAAUCUCCAAGUACUAUGGGAACCCGUUCCAGGAUGAUGACGAUGCUGUGUGCUAUGCGGAUAUCAGUCCUGAAGAGGUGGAUAUUCCCACGACUCCCACAAGCAUCGUAGUGUCCAUGCCACAACAUUAUCACGAUUCGCAGCCUCACCAUGAUGGCGAUACCUUUUCUAACCUUUGGCUGGACCUCCAGACGGGAGUUACACCUUUAAGUCAAUCACGUCAAAAGAAUUCGAAUUUUUCAUCGCCUCAGCGUCUCCAAGAAGAACUCCAGCAGGCGAAUGACAAGAUCCUCCAGAUGCGCUGUGAGUACGAAGACACAAUAGAAUCCCUUCGCGCACAGGUUGCCUCUAUGGAGGAUUCAAAGCGUGAACUUGCUGCUGAAAACAACAGGCUCGAAAAGCGUACUGAGUCUCUUGUUUUGGAGACAGAACUUCUCAAACAGAGUAUUCAAGCAGAACGAGCACACAAUGACAAGCUAAAAGGACGCAUUGCCGAUCUUGAGGCUCGAUUGAAGAGCCUUGAGUACCAUGCGUACCAGGAAAACACAACGACGCUUGUUUGUGAGCGGGCUCCGUCGAUUUCACAGCGGAGGCGUGAUUGGCGUGAUGCGAAACCGGCGACGAUGGAGAGAAGUAACUUAGUGAGAGACUCAUCCGCACACACACGAGAGCCUUUACCACUGCAUCAAGCAAGACCUGAGAAUGAUGUGAAGCGGCUGCUUUCAGUAAAGGAAUUAGAAAACCAGCUACUGCUUCACUGCCAGACACGUGAUACACUGGUUGGACAGAUGCAGCGACUUGAAAGCCUGCGCAUGCGGACGGCCGCCGAGAUAAAAAAAAAGGCAACCACACAGAAAAGGUUGGAAGAAGAAGAGAAAGAAAUUGGACGCAUCCGACUUCAGCUGCGCUCGCGAAUGUCCCAAGCUCGCUGAAAAGCUUUUGAAGAAGUAUACGUAAUGCAGGAUGACUGGUAAAUCAGAUUGAGAAAGGGAAAUAGCUUCUCAGUAUUCUUUUCAUCCGCAGUGCGGCAAGCCAUUAGUUUGGAAUUCUCAUCAUUGUGACCACUGCUGUAACCUUAUGACGUUGGUGG